AUGUCUUGGGGUAAUGUAUUCUUGUUGAUUCCAUUGCUUGCUAUCUUAUCAUGUCCAGAUGUACAAUGUUAUAACGACACUCAACUCUGUUCAGGAGAGGCCUGGUCCUGCCAGAAUACAUGUGGAUCUAGUGAAACUGCACCAUGUUCUUGUCAUCCAAGUUGUACGAAUUAUCAGAUAUGUUGUGAAGAUUAUGAAGAAUUUUGUGUUGAUUCUAAUGAAGAGAAUGCCACAGAUCACCAGCGACAGGGAUACUGUUCUAGCAUGUUAGAUGUAUGGCUGGUGGAAGGAUGUGUUAAUAAUGAUAAUCAUAGAUAUUAUGACCGAUGUAUAACACCCAAUAACACUAUUCUAUAUGAUAUAACACCCGUUACCAACUUACAAACCAAAGUUCAUUAUAAAAACCGUUAUUGUGCUCUAUGUAAUAAUGAUAAUGAUACCACAUCUUGGUCAGUUGACGAAAUAUGCACCAACAUUACCGAUUUCCAUCAUUAUUUUAACCUAUGUAUCUCCCAAAUGAAGAAUCCUAUAGAUCAAAACCCUGCUUUAUGCCUAGCGGAAAGUAUAUCUACAUAUAACAAAUCAAAAGCCUUGGAAAAUGGAUUAUCGGAACAGGAAAUACAAGAUUUGGAAGACAAGUGUAAUUCAUUUACAUCAUAUGUUACAGAUGGUCGUACUGAUAAUGUUUAUAAGAACCGUUAUUGUUAUCUUUUGAACGGACACAAUGAGACGCAUUGUAGCCCCACAAUGUUUGACAAAUUUGAUGUCUAUUGUGUGAAACAUAGACAUCAAUUAAACCAAUGCAUGAAAGAUGCCUGUGCUCAAGAUAAAGGUUUCCAGAUAAAGUAUUGCUCUAAGGAAACAUUUCGAUUGUCUAUGCAAAUUGUGUUUGAGAAACGAGACACACGUGAAUUAAAUAUUAUUGGUGAUGAGGAACAACUAUUGAUGGAUAACAGUCAACUAUUAAAUGAUGGGAUUCUAAAUGCUUAUGAAAAUGAUGUCAAUACCACAAUAUCGUGUAAUGUUCAAAGUACCAAAAGCCGUAAGGAUGGUUUUAUAGCAACUUUCAACUCAGUUUUAAACUGUAAAAUUGGUGACAGAGUAGAUGAGUCUCUAUUUACAGAGGAUAUAUUAAAUAUUAUCCCGAGCGGCGUGAAGUCCAUAGAUGAUCAAAUCAAGCUACCUAUGAAAGUUGAAAUAUCUGCCUGUAUAAUUCGGACCACCAUUUUCCGGCGAACAGAAUUUACCUGUAGUAGAACUAAUUUUAAUAUUUCAGUGAUUAAUGUUGUUCGACAAACGUCAUCUGAUAUCGAAGAAUAUAUUUCUACAAUUUUCUGUGCUCUGUCAGAUAUUGGUCUUCUUUGCAGAAUUUUCCUUCAAUUUGCGGUGCCUUAUUUUCAAACAUUGCCUGGUAAAGUCCAAUUUUGUUUGUGCUGCACACUGUUUGUUGCUUACACAAGUUUUCUUUUAGCUGGUGUUUUCCAAAUAGGAACUUUCCCGUGCUAUAUUGCAGCAGUAUUUACCCAUUGGAGCUUUUUGUCCUCUUUGUUUUGGAUGAAUGUAAUUGCUUUCCAGAUUUGGCAUACGUUUAGAGUUUGGCAUAAUCAGGUAUCUGAAAGGUGUAUCAGAACGCUAAUCGUUUCUAGCUUGUAUGCUAUGGGUGCACCAACUAUUUUAGUCGGCUCCGCGCUUUCAAUUGAAUUUUUUUAUCCACAAAACUCAUUCAGUCCGGCUUAUGGCAAAUAUUCCUGUUGGAUGAAUAAAUCGUACAGCGUCUUAACAUGGUUUGUAAUUCCUUGCUGUACACUGUCAUUUGUUAAUACAGUUUUUGCUUUGUUGACUGUUCGUGGAUUGCGAGUUCAGAGAAUGAUAGACAAAUCGCCAGUUAGUAAGAUUGCCCCUGUUAAUGAUUUCGCUGUAUCUGUUAGGAUUGUAAUUCUAGUAGGGGUCACCUGGUUGCUGGGUCUCUUUGCUGCAUUUUUGGGAUCCCCAGUUACAUGGAUGAUUUUCACGCUCUUCAAUGCAUCUCUUGGGUUUCUUAUUAGUCUUGUGUUGCUGUGUAACAGGCGUAUAUUUGGUUUACUCAAAGAUAAAUGUUUAUGUCCAGUAAGGGAGACGUUCAACAGUAUUACUCUUAAUACUUCAAGACAAGCAUAA